ACAAAUGCUUUUCUUUAUAAAAACGAGGCCUCAAACUAAAUCAUACCUAUAUUCACCUCACUGACAUUUCCUGUUGUGAAGUGAAACCAGUCACCAAUUGGUUUUAUCACGCCAGAGACCCAUUUUUGUGGCGCUAAUAUUAGCUGGCUUGCUAACGUAAAAAAACUCAAACAUUCGGAUCAGACAUUAGCCAGCUGCACAAAACAUGAAGCGUACGGGGAGAAGACGGAGUUCUGUGUGGGACUGCUUCGAACAAGUGGGGAACUUCGUCCGCUGCAUGAAAUGCGACGCUACUCUGAAGUACUGCGGCGGAGCCACGAGCUCCAUGAUGAAUCACAUGAGCAGGCACCAUCCGUCCACGACGCCGCCAGAUGAAGACGAGAAGCCGGUGAUUUGUACAGUUCAGUGCAUCGAGGAGGAGAGUACCGGUCAUUCGGACAUCAUGCAGGUUGCCAUCAUGUCACCCAACAUGAGCUUGACCAACAACCCCACUGAGCGCGAAUACGGGGAGAGGAAGCGCCUGAAGCGGAGCUCUGUAUGGGACAUUUUCAUCAAAGUGGACGACGAAGUUCACUGCACGAUGUGCGACACAAAGCUGAAAUACAGGAGCAGCACCACCAGCAUGAUGUACCACAUCAAAAACAAACACCCGGACACUAUGCCUAGUGAUGGUGUGUCACUGGCAACACACGCAGAGGUGACUGAACUCAUCUCCAGAAUGAUAGAGAAGGACAUGCUUCCCAUCAGCGUGGUUAGCGGUGAGGGUUUUCGUGAGCUGCUUGCAUACACUGUGCAUAAUUAUAAAAUGCCAUCUGCUGGUGAUAUAACACGCCUUAUUGAAGGCCAUUUUCAUGAGAAGAUGGAGGAGCUUGUGAUGCAGCUGGGUAGAGUGGAGAAAGUGGCCCUCACUGCUGACUUCUGGACAGCCCUCCCAUUUCAGAGGUACAUUACAGUUUCCUGCUCCUUCAUAACAGAGGAUUGGCAAGGGAAGUCAGCUGUGCUGCGGACACACAAGCUAUCAUCUGACAGCCACACUACAGACACAAUCACAGAGAGGCUUCUGAACACUGUGCAGACCUGGGGAAUUGCUGGGAAAGUGACUGCGUGUGUUCAUAAUAACACACAGGACGUCUUGUCGGCCAGUGCGUGCGCCCGUGUCACCUGGGACUAUGCCACUUGCUUCGCCACUACAUUGCAGCUCGCAGUCAGUGAUGGGCUGAGUGAGGAUCUUGUCCGCAUCAUUGCUGCGGCAGGGAGAUUAGUCAAACACUUCAGUCACAGCUUGCUGGCAAGCGAAGCCUUGGAGCAGAAGCAAGUUCAGAUGUGCCUGCCACAGCACAAGCUAAUCCAGUCGAGCAAAGCCAGGUGGGACACGAUCUGUGAUAUGUUUGAACGGUUGCUUGAGCAGCGGUGGGCGAUUAAAGCUGUGCUCUCUGAUCGCACAAUCACCCACAGACAGGAAGCCCAGACCCUUGAGAUCGAAGACGAUUGCUGGCAAAUAAUUGAGAAUUUCACACCGGUGCUGGCCACACUGAAAUGGGCGACAACAGUCAUAUCCGCUGAAACAGAGGUAUCCAUUUCGAACAUCUACCCGAUCACGUUCAGCCUCAUUCAGACCCACCUUGUGCCAAAAGAGAACGAUGUUGAACAGGUCUCGGAGUUCAAGCUCAAAGUUCAGAAGUCACUUAGAAAUCACAUGGAGGUUGACUCUAAUGACCUAGCCUCCAAACCAGCUCUGAUUGCCUCGAUGCUGGACCCUCGUCACAAACAUCUCAGCUUCCUGACACCAACGGGGAGACUGGCUGCAAAGGUUAAACUGCAUGAACUCGUUUCAAAAUUAGAUGUGAUAACGACCACUGUGGGCCCAAAGGAUGAACAGCAGGAGACCCUGAUCACGCCUGACAUUAGCCAGGUGGCUAUGCCCUCACAAAUGAGAAGUGACACCAAAAACACCAUGGUGUUGCUCCUAGGAGACAACUACAGUUCCUCCUAUGCCACGGACUCUGAGGCUCAGGUGGAUUACUACUUGAGAGACAUUGCUCCCUCACUGGACAUAAACCCUCUUGACUGGUGGAGGGUAAAUGGACCAAGAUUCCCCAAACUGGCGACUCUGGCGAGGCACUAUUUGUGUGUACCUGGGGUAUCGCUGCCAUCUCUAUUGUCAGAGGCCGGACAAACAUUUGCAACAAUGCGUACAAGACUGAGCCCAGAGCAUGUGGAUAUGAUGAUCUUUGUAAACAGAAAUGCAUAAUUUGCAUCAUGCGCUUAUAUGAUGGAGGUGUACACUGACUUCCUAUACAAAUGAAAGAGAAAGGUUACUGUGGGGCAGUAGGGGGACAAGAGGAAGUAGGUGCAAGUAAGAAAGAUGCCUUGAUUGGAUGUCAGGGAAGAUGAGAUAGCAGGGCUAUUAAGGCAGCAGGUACACUACUACUGUUGACCUGUAUAUGCUGGGGCUAAUAAUGCAACAAAAAAAGUUUUUCCUAAAACAAAGUUAGACAUUUUCCCCCUCUCGAGUUGCUGUGAGCUGAGCUGCAGUCAAAUACUUAUAGCUGGGGUAGGCAACGAUUGAGAACUAGCAAGAGCAAGCAGAUAGGCAGGCCGUCAGGUAAGCUAGAUGUGCUUAUUGCAGUCUUGUGACAGCCACAGAUAUUGGAUGUUUCAUGUUUGUGGCAGAGCAUUUGAUUUAUUGAUUGAUGUCUGUGUGUUAAGAUAAUUUCAACAACUAUAAACAAAAAAAUGUUUCUGAAAUAAAUGGCCUACCCCAGCUUUAACUAAUACCUGAAUGUAGUUUUCACCAUUAAAACCCAGUGAUUUGUCUUACCUCA